UAUAUCGUAAUUUAGUAACCUGCAUACAGUACAUGUUGUUUAAUUGCAGACGAACCAAAAAUGUUCAACAUUAAUAAAUUAAUUAUGAAUUUUAACAAAUCGCAACAGUUUUGUAAAUUUAUUUCUUCUAGAUUGUUACAUAAUAAUUCAUAUCUUACACCAGAAGCAUUUGUCUAUCACAAAUUGUUAAAAAUCACUUCAUGCAGAAGACUUUCUAGUCACGGUAAUUUACAAACAAAAAAUAGUAAAAAAAUGCAACCAAGUGUACAUUUAUCAACCUCAACACUUCUUAAUACUGAUAUUAACACAAUGUCUGCUGAUGGCAAAAAAUCUUUAAAUGUUCAUUAUAAUGAUAUUUUAAAAGCUCAAAAUGAUACUAGUGUUUUAAUCAUUGAUGUAAGGGAAAAAGAAGAAAUUGACGAAACUGGAAAAUUACCUGGAAGCAUUCAUAUACCAAUGGGAGAAGUUGCAAAUACUUUGUUGAGCCUUACAGAAAAAGAUUUUAAGAAUAAGUUUGAUAAAACAAAACCUUCAAAGGACACAAAGAUCAUAUUAAGCUGCAGAUCUGGAAAAAGAAGUGGCAUGGUUCAAGAAGAAAUACAAAAACUUGGAUAUGAAAAUGCAUACAACUAUGUUGGGGGAUGGCUAGAUUGGGAAAGCAAUCAAAAAGUAUAA